CACAGGGUAAUAUUAAGGCUUUGCAACACUGAUGUGUGUAUCGAGCGAAAAGCAAAUUCUGUAAAUUUUACAAAAAGUGGAAAAUCUGCAUAAUUUGACUAAUUGAAGCUAAAAAUAUUUGAUAACCAUACUAUUGGAUCGGAAAAGUUGCAAAAUUUAUUGGAAAUAUCAACAACAACAGCUGCCUGGGAAAUUGUGGAGUAGAAAAAAAAUUUAAGAGCAGAGGAAAAGCAGAAAAGUGGACGUGAUAAAUAGAAAAUAGCCAGCAACUCAGGAUAAAAAGUUGAAUUAUUAACCGAAUCGGCAUUCUAUUUGCGUACCGCAGUACCUGUAGCAGUAAAGAUGGGUAAUGAAACAUCUUUGCCCAUGGAGAUGUGCUCCAAUUUUGAUGCCGAUGAGAUAAGACGUUUGGGCAAACGUUUCCGCAAACUCGACUUGGACAAUUCGGGAGCAUUGAGUGUAGAUGAAUUCAUGUCAUUGCCGGAAUUGCAGCAGAAUCCUUUGGUGCAACGUGUCAUCGAUAUCUUUGACGCGGACGGUAAUGGAGAAGUCGACUUUAAAGAGUUCAUUCAGGGUGUCUCUCAGUUUAGUGUGAAAGGUGACAAAUUGUCAAAGCUACGUUUCGCCUUCCGAAUUUACGACAUGGAUAACGAUGGUUACAUAUCGAAUGGUGAACUGUUUCAGGUAUUAAAAAUGAUGGUAGGCAACAACCUGAAAGACACGCAAUUACAACAGAUCGUUGAUAAGACUAUUUGCUUCGCCGACAAAGAUGAGGAUGGAAAAAUCUCUUUCGAUGAAUUUUGCUCCGUGGUGGGUAACACAGAUAUUCACAAAAAAAUGGUUGUUGACGUUUAAAGUCGUUUUCUAAUAACACUAAUAAUGCUACAGUCUACAAUUAAAAUACAUAUUUUAUAAAGAUAUGGUUCUCUAUUCUGCAGUUUUCAAAGGGUUCUGAUUUUUGUUAAAUCUCGAAAUAAUUUGAGAUGUAUAUUGUUUUUUUACGCAUACAAAUAUUUUAAAAAGGUUUUGUUGAAAUCGUUUCUUGAAUUACGUAUACAUAUUGUUUUUAAAGAACUUUGCUAUCUUCAGAUAUUUAUUAUGUGUGAUAAGCUUAAUUACAUAAAAUGUGUCAAAAUAUUGCAAUGAAGGCGUAGAAAAGACACCGCAUUACCGAGAGAACUAAUUAUGUGUAUUGAAAAAGUCAACAAAUGAAAGUGUUACACAUUUCUCCAAAAAAAAAAAAAAUCUAACUACAUAGUCAUUAAAUGCAAAAUAUAUUAGAAAAUUUUAAAAACUUUUACAUCAGCGAUUGAGAACCAUCAAAACCAUCAAACUGCAACAAGUUUAUCCAAAUGCAAUGUUUACUAUGUUUUACACAUUUUCACAAAUUUCUUGAACGUGCAAUAUAUUUAUAACUUAUUGGCUGCAGGAAAUAAAAGGAUCGACUUAAAGCCAAGACUUUUUCUAAUCUAAUACAGCUGUGCUUAUAUAAUGUUACCUAGUUAAAUUGUAGUUUGGAAUUUGUAUUUUAAAAAGUAACUUUUAUGUGAGCAUUUACAUACAUAUGUAUGUUAGAUCCCGCCUUAAGAUUUUCUUUUUUUUUCAACAAAAUUAUAUUCAUAUCUCCAAAACUAGAAACUAUUUGUAAAACCUCGCACAGCAGAAGAAAUUGAAAUUACAUAUUUUUCCUUAUUAUUUUAUAUAGAAUAUGUACUACUUAAAAACUUCUUACAUAUAUGUACAUAUUAUGAUUACGAUACUUAAUUUUUCGCUUAGAAAUUAAAAAAAAAGAAAU